UGCAGACUGUGACAUAUGUCCGUCCAAGAAAUAAAUAAACAUGCAGUUCUCCCUCCUAUCAUUAGUAGAAGUGACAAGGAAUUUUUGGAAAGAAUGCAAAGAUACAUAAUUACAGAAACUGAAAGAGUGGGCUGUAAUGAGGAAGGACCUGCUGAUGAAUAUUACAUCAUAUACCGAAACGUUUUUGAUAAGGUAAUAGAGUAUGUUACUGCAUACAAAUCCAUUCUUACUUCAAUCAAAAAAGAAUACGAUGCCUUUAUUGAGACAAUAAAGAAAAGCCAAAGAACUGCAUUUUAUCUUCAUGGAAAACUUAAAGUUUUGGCAGGAGAGCCCACAGCAUUGGUAUAUCAUAGGAAAAGAAUAACUCAACUUCAAGCAAAUUAUAUUAUUAUGUCUAAUCACAACUCAAAGAGAAGAGAAUAUGGGACAGAGACAAUAUUUGAAGAGAACAUGGCUGAGAAUUUUCUAGAACUGGUGAAAGAUAUCAAUUCACAGAUUCUGGAAGACCAAAGAAUCCCAUUAAUGAGGCUUAUUGAAAAUAAUUCCUCAAAGAUUCAAUUGCAAAUAGAUGAAAUGAAACAACUUAGGGCAGAGUAUGACACAAAAGAACAAUAUUGUACUUUCUGCAAAGAUCCUUCAAAACCUAUUCCAGGCAUGACUCUCCAAGAAUCUGUCAGUUUAGAUGCUCUCACUAAAUACUUGAAACAUCUUGAAGAUAAAUAUGCAGAAAUUGAGCAACUUAUGUCAAAAAAGUAUUUACCAGCUCAGAGGAAGGCAGAUUUAGAUGAGGAAAUGAUUGUGGUAUUAGAACGGCGAGAUUUAGCUGAAAAUCUGAACAAUGAAUUACAGUUUCGUCAUCAAAGACUGCAGAUUAUUUCACAGGCACUUACUUUGUGGGUAAAAUCUGAUAUGAGCAGAUCAUUUCAAGACUUCAUGGAGCACAUUCAGAAAAAUAAAGAUUUACACGGUGAACAAGGCAUUGUUGAGGAACUACUUGAAGAUGACCGAGGCAAGGCAAAAGAAGCUGAAGUUUUGCUAUACUACGUUGAAAGGUUCAAUGAAUUAAUCUCACUUGGGGAAUAUGAAAAAGCAGUUUAUUUUGCAGCAAACAGUCCUAGAAGAAUUCUUCAAAACAUUGGGACAGUGAGUAAAUUUAAGGCUGUUGGAAAAAUUAGAGGAAAGCCUUUCCCAUUACUCUUAUUUUUUGAGGCUAUCUUUAGCAUAAGUCAUGCUUUUAGACAUCCUGUUGAUGCAGAACUAACCCUGGAAGGAAUCAAAUGUGGAUUAUCUGAAAAACGUUUAGAUUUAGUUAUCAAUUGGGUCACCCAGGAAAGGCUGACAUUUUCUGAGGAGGCUGGGGAUGUGAUUUUUGAUUAUGGGGAGCAGGAUACUUAUAACAAGGCCAAGUGUCUGGCUUUAGCUCAGAUUAUCUAUAGUGAGUGUGGCCUGCACAAGAAAGCUCUUCUUUGCCUGUGUAAACAGGGUCAAAUUCAAGGGGCCAUGGAAUACAUACAACAAUUCAAGGACUUUACUUCUGAUGACCUGAUGCAGCUAAUAAAGUUAUGUCCCCACACUGAAUUAAUUCAGUGUCUCACUAAAGAAUGGAAUGGGAAACCACCUUAUUUAUCUUUUGGUCUUGCUGUACUUCACCUGUUCUCUGUAGAUAUGAAAAAAGUUGGCAUUAAGCUACUUCAAGAAAUAAAUAAAGGUGGGAAAGAUGCAGUUGAACAUCUUAUGAUAAAUGAUCCAUUUUGCUCCCUAGAAGAGUGGCAAGAAUUAGCAAAUAUAUGUUUACAGAAUGGCUUUGACAAAUUAUCUAAUGACAUCAUGUCUGUUCUUCAAUCUCAAGCUGGGGUUACAGAAAUUUCUGAAGAGGAUGAUAUAGUCAACUUGAUGCAGCAUGUUUUUUGGUAGUUCUACAUCUUAACCAGUUGAGGGAGCCUGUACAACAUUUUAUAUAUAUCAGUUAGGCAAACUGAUUUUGGUAUCACUAACUUAUAAAUAAAU